AUGAACUAUGGAAUGAACUAUGGAAUGAACUAUGGAAUGAAGUAUGGAAUGAAGUAUGGCAUGAACUAUGGAAUGAAGUAUGGCAUGAAGUAUGGAAUGAAGUAUGGCAUGAAGUAUGGAAUGAAGUAUGGAAUGAAGUAUGGAAUGAAGUAUGGAAUGAAGUAUGGCAUGAACUAUGGAAUGAAGUAUGGCAUGAAGUAUGGAAUGAAGUAUGGAAUGAAGUAUGGAAUGAAGUAUGGCAUGAAGUAUGGAAUGAAGUAUGGAAUGAAGUAUGGAAUGAACUAUGGAAUGAAGUAUGGCAUGAAGUAUGGAAUGAAGUAUGGAAUGAAGUAUGGAAUGAAGUAUGGAAUGAAGUAUGGCAUGAACUAUGGAAUGAAGUAUGGCAUGAUGUAUGGAAUGAAGUAUGGAAUGAAGUAUGGAAUGAAGUAUGGCAUGAAGUAUGGAAUGAAGUAUGGAAUGAAGUAUGGCAUGAAGUAUGGAAUGAAGUAUGGCAUGAAGUAUGGAAUGAACUAUGCUUCAGUACAACUCUGCGUUGAACAACAGCUAGGGGAUGGGUACACAUAUGGAGCCCUUUAA